GUCGAAACCCCGCGAUGCUUUUUCUCCACAACAGAAUCUUCGCGUAUUCUGCUCUACAGAAACAAAAACUGCUUUUGUAUUCCUUGAUUCCGGUUUUCUUGGCUUCCCCAAAAAAUCACUCUUCUCUUCUCUCUCUCUCUCUCUCUCUAUCGAUUGACGAUUCUGUAUUUUUCUUUUUUAUAUAUAUAAAUUUGACAUAGUUGUAGAUCCUCAAGUCUCCCUUUCUCUCUCUGUUUUCUGCUGAGUUUUGAUAACCGAAGAGCUGAAGAUCUGAGACAGUUAUGGGCUCGAUUCCACCUGAGCUUAGCUUGAAUUUAAGACCGACUUAUAUUCCCAAAACGAUCACCGAUUUUCUCAGUGACCUCUCCGCGAUCGGCAAUGUUUCCGAGAGGAAAGAGAAGCUUCAGGAUUAUGUUAAGAGAUUGGAAGAUGAAAUGAGGAAGAUUGACGCGUUCAAACGGGAGCUCCCCCUCUGCAUGCUUCUUCUUCACGAUGCAAUUCUUGCUUUGAAGGAUGAAUUAAUACAAUGUCCGGCAGCCAAUGUUAAACCAGUACUAGAAGAAUUCAUUCCAUUAAAGAAGGAUUGUGAUGAAGACGUCAGUGUUAAAAAAGAAAAGGACUGUAGAGAUAAGAAGAAUUGGAUGAGCUCUGUUCAGCUCUGGAACAGUGAUGACCAUCCCACUACCAAUUACAUCUAUAAUCAAAAGCAAAGCUCUGUUGCAGAAAUCAAGCGGAGGAAUGAGGGAGAAAAUCGCUCCGCUACUGAGGAUCCACUUCAGUCCUCUAAAUCAAGAGCUGGAGGAAGAGCAUUUAUACCAUUUAAAGGGUACUCUGUUUUUCCGGCUACAGCAUCGGUAAAGGAAAACAAGGAGGACUUGCCAGUUUCUGGCCUUUCUCUUCUCACUCCUGGAAUUAAACCUCUGAGAGAAGAACCGGUCGGUUCGAGUGUUUUGAGUUCUAAAGCUAUCUGCAGCAAAACAGUUUCCUCCCCUGCUCACAAUUCCCAAUCGAAUUUACGAACUGCACCACAGCAGCAAACUGCCCGGAAACAGAGAAGGUGCUGGUCGCCGGAGUUGCAUCGGCGGUUCGUAAAUGCGCUGCAGCAACUGGGUGGUUCACAAGUGGCCACUCCGAAGCAGAUUAGAGAACUAAUGCAAGUAGAUGGGCUCACCAAUGAUGAAGUGAAGAGCCACUUGCAAAAGUACAGACUUCACACCCGAAGACUUCCACCUACCUCAGGUUCCCCUGCAAGCCAACCUGUUGUUGUUUUGGGAAGUUUGUGGAUGUCCCAAGAUCAAUAUGGUGACUCCUCAAAGGCCAGCAGUUCCCAAUCCGGUUCGCCGCAAGGUCCCCUUCAGUUAACCGGAAACGGUGGAGGGACUUCGACUACAGGUGGCGACAGCAUGGAUGAUGAUGAAGAUGAGAAAUCAGAGAGCUAUAGCUGGAAAAGUCAGAUUCACAAACAGGGAAAGGAUGAUGUAUAGAGUUUCUCCACUAUGGAUUUUUUGCAGAUAGAAUCAUACAUUGGAGUAAAGACAUAAUAAUAAUACAGUAUACAUGAAGAAGAUGGAUCUUGAGGCUUGAGAGGCUGUGAAUUUUUGCAGGAUUAGUUUUCCCUUCCCUACUUGAUUGUAAGUUGUGUCUUUCUUGGUUUUGGUAUAGGGGAUUAGUUUUCCCUCAAGUAAGAUCAUCCAUGUGCCCAUGGAAUGAAGAAAGAGGAUAAUUUCUACAUAUUGUCAAGUUCUAAGUUAACCAUUUAAUUUCUUGGUUGUGAGAACUGCAUAUGUUCUCCUCUUCAAUCUGAGAUUCAAACCGUGCCGGGUUGCUUUGAGUUUUUGGGGUUUCAUUUGAAAGGAUUCUUAUGCAGGCUCUCUGUGGAAUUGGCUUAUUGUGCUGUCUCUGAACAUAAUUGACUGGAAAUGUAUCUAUUUCUCUUUCAUA